GCGGCAUCGAAAAUCAGCCAAUGGGAAGCGUCGGAGAGCCCCCGGCAGCCAAUGGGAAGCCACGUUUCCUGAUACCAAGUAAAGCUACCGAGAAGCUGCUGGAGAGCAGCCAAAAUCAACUCAAAUUGCGUCUGUGGGGGAGGUUUGCUCCUUGUUUAUGACUAAACACACCCUACCGGGAAAUCUCACAGUGUCUGAGAGCUGCCCUGCUAAGGCUGCCGAGUGCAUCCACCCCACAGAGCCCAGGGAAUGUCAGCCCUGGCCCCUGAAGCUUCUCUGCAAGGAUGGGGAAAGGAACUCAAAGGCCAAAUUCUUCAAGCCAGGAGGAAGCCCUGAAUACCUGCAGUGAUCCAGAGAAAGAGUCCAAAUGUGGGUCCUCCAGAACCGAGUCAGACCAGAGAACAUCCCCCAAGGUGCAUGUUCUCCUCGCUCUGUGUGUGCUCCUGGGGAUCCUCAGCUUGAGCCUGGCUGGAGCAGUGACUGUUCUCAGUGUGAGACCCCGGUUCUCUGAGCUGGAAUUCUCCCACGUGUGCCCAGACACCUGGCUUGGUUUCCAAGAAAAAUGUUAUUAUUUUUCUGAGGCUGAGGGCAACUGGACCACGGGCCGGGAAAGGUGUGAGGCCCUGGGAGCUUCACUGGCCACCAUAAGCACGAGGGAGGAACUGGCCUUCCUUCUGCGCUAUAAAGGCGAAGCAAACCACUGGAUCGGGCUGGGAAAGAGGGAUAACGGCUGGGAGUGGAUCAAUGGCACGGCCUUGAACGGCAGGUUUGAGGUGAGGGGUGAGGGACCCUGUGGGUACCUGAGCUAUGGGUGGAUCAGCUCAUCCCUGUGCCACACGGAGAAGAACUGGAUCUGCAGCCGCCCCGACGACUAUGAACUCUGGAAGGGGAAAUUAAGAGACCCCAAAACAGGAGUUUCACCCUAGAUCUCCAACCAGAUGAGGGAGCUUCACCCCAGCACUGCAAGUGGUACUGCUGGGGGAACAUCUCAGUUGUCUGGCCAGGAAAUUUUCGCUGAAUAUCUCAAAAAUAUCUUGUAUUGGAAAGCACCUCACAAGGAUCAUGGAGUCCAACCCUCAGCCCUGCCCAGGCCCAUCCCCAGGAGUCACCCCCUGUGUCCCAGA